AUGGCAUGCCUGGAGUAUCUACCAAACGAAAUUAUCGAAACCAUCGUUUCCCUCCUAGAACUAACCGACAUCCGCAAUCUCCGCCUCACCAGCCGAGGCCUCGCCCUGAGAUCAUCCGGACACCAUUUCAAGUCCCACUUCCGACGGAAACACGUAGAUAUCACUGAAAGCACCCUUCGAGACUUUGUCCAGGCCACAAAACCCGGCCGGCUCGGUAGACUCGUGCAAUACCUAGUCCUCGUCGGCUCCCACCUUCCUACAGAGAAGCAAGGCCUCGAAGCAGAAGAUGAGGCAAAGACAAGACAGGAUCUAGAAGUACUUGCGCAGCGGCGAACAGACUAUAGGGUAAUGCGCAGUUCAGGGACGGAUGUACGGCUACUCAGCGAAGCAUUCGGGAAUCUCAUGGCACAAGAUGGCGGCAACAACACUGCAGGUGGGCCGAGGCUGCGCACGCUGUCGCUGAAAGUGGUCGUGUAUCACACAGACGCCGAACAAAGACUUCCUCCGAAAACCGGCGGCUGGGUGCCCAUCUGGCAAGUGGCGACAGAGACAUUCCACACAGCACUACGUGCCUUGGCAAUCAGUGCAAUGCCGGUAGCGAAACUUGACAUCUACACCCAGCAGAGCCGCUCCAGCCUGGCGUGCAGCGAGCUAAGCGCCGUAGACCACGAGUCCAGCGGACUAGUAGCUUCGCUUGCGUCUGUGAAGAGCCUGUCCGUUAGCUUCUCAGACCGGAUCAUCAACGGGAGAAGGGAGAAUCUCGGAAUCACAGGCGGCUCGGCGGACGAAGUGGACCGUGAUGCACCUGUGAUUGACGACUUUCGAGACAAUGAGGAUGUCGAAGCAGAGGCGUGCGACGAGUCGACUUUCAUUGGCCUUGUGAGGUUGGUCCAGCUCUGCAGUGGCCUCAAGGAGUUAGAACUCCACCAUUACAAGCUGGGGAAUCACACUGUUUUUGUUGAUCUGCACCGGGAGCAGUUUCUGCAGCGCAUUGUUGCAAUGACCACGUUAACCACUCUCAAGCGCUGUGCACUCCGCGGGUUAACAGUAAGAGAGGUAGACCUUCUGGCAUUCAUCAAGGAGACUGCACCUGCCAUUGUAGAGCUAACCCUGCAAAAUGUCAGUCUUGUUUCCGGGACGUUCAGGGCCAUCUUCGACCACUGCACAAGCGAAGCGAGCUGUCUGACAAGGCUGUUCUUUGAUGACCUGUUCGAACAGAAACUGCUCUAUUUUGUAGGGGAGCCCGGGCAGUCUAAGCUGCGAAGCUUCAACUACCAGUGUAGCGAGACGCUAGAUCGCACGGGGCCGGAGGUCAGACGGCCGAUUUCCUAUUUCAUCCCUUUGGGCAGGCCCAAGGGGAGCCCUGCGCUUUGGCAGUGGAGGAUGCGGCGUCGCCGAGAAUUCGGACCGCCGUAG